AUGCGCUCCACCUCGCGAGAAAACUGCACGACGAUCGUCACUACUAUCAACGCGAACGGCGCCGUGUUGGCCCCUACCAUCAUCUUCAAAGGGAAGCGCUUCAACGCAGAUUGGGUCGUGCACAACACCGGCCCGCCGGGUGCGACGUAUACUUGCACGGAGUCGUCCUUCAUGUGUGGUGACGUUUUCAUCAAGUACAUCAAGGACUUCCACAAGCAGCUCUGCCUGCGCAAUUCGCUCGACGGAGAACCCCAUGUGCUCGUGCUGGAUGGGCACGCGUCGCACGUGAGCUUGGACGUCGUUGAGUUGGCCAGGUCCCUCGACAUCCACCUAGUCCAGCUUCCCUCCCACAUGUCCCUUAUCACCCAGCCCUUGGACGUCGCCGGCUUCGGGUGCUUCAAGAAGGAGCUGACCAAGGCGAUCCAGGCCUUCACGGCGACACACGGAGGGGCAUUGCCGCGGAAGCGGGACAUGGCCGCCGUGAUCGGGCAAGCGUGGAGCACGAGCUUUACCCCGGAAAUCAACAGGGCUUCCUUCGCCGGGGCGGGCCUGUGGCCGGUGGACAGGGAGCGAGCACUCGGUCGGCUGCUGCACCCGAAGAGGAAGGCGAAGGAAGACGACCGCCAUCCCCUGCAGGGCGUCCCCAUCGCCGUGAGCAACGAUCGGCUGGACUAA